AUGUCUCCCGCUCGCAAAGCCCUCAUUGCCAUCACCUCGGCCAAAGCCGCCUUGAAUAAGGAAACAACCGGUCUCUUCAUCACUGAAGCCCUGCACCCCUACAAUGCUCUCGUAGCCGCCGGGUUCGAGGUCGAUUUGGCCUCGGAAACCGGCUCAUACACCGCCGACUGGCUCUCCCAGACACCAGACUUCCUCAACGGCGACGACCUGACCAUCUGGAACGACGUCAACAGCGAUUUCCGGAAGAAGCUGGACAGCAUGCCCAAAGCUGCUGACCUUGACCCAUCCAAGUACGGGCUCUUCUAUGCCUCGGCUGGCCACGCCGCUCUGAUUGAUUACCCGACCGCGACUUCACUGCAAAAGAUCGCUGAGCAAGUCUGGGCUAGCGGUGGUGUUGUUGCCUCUGUUUGUCAUGGUCCGGCUAUCUUUGCCAAUAUCAUCGAUCAGGAGACCGGAAAGCCUGUUAUUCAAGGUCGUCGUCUGACUGGUUUCACUACUGAGGCGGAGAACACUAUGGGCAUCAUGGGUGAUUUAAGGAGUUGGAAUGUUGAGCUCUGUGAAGAGCUUGCUGCUCGUCUUGGUGCCAAGUAUGAGCGCUCGGCCGGUAUUUGGGAUGACUUCCAUGUCGUCGAUGGUCGUCUUGUUACUGGCCAGAACCCUGCUAGUGCCACUUCUACUGCUAAGGCUGCCAUUGAGGUCUUUGAGACGCUUUAG